AUGCCCUCAUACGUGAUUGCCGGCGCAUCCCGCGGUAUUGGGCUCGAAUUUGUAAAGCAACUCCUCGCAAAAGGGGAUGUCGUGAUCGCUAUUGCGCGCACCCCUGAGAAGUCCACGGGUCUACAGGAGCUGAAGGGCGAGAAGAACCUACAUAUUCUUCAGGGCGAUAUCAGCAAACCCGAGGACAUGAGAGCUUGUGCGGAUGCGACGGCGAGAAUCACGGGCGGCUCAGUCGAUGUCUUGAUUAACAAUGCCGCUUAUCUGGGUUACGAAAACCAAUACAACGCCAUUGACGAGUUUUCAUCCGAUGCAGCCCUAUUAGACUCGUUCACGAAUAAUUGGAACACCAACGUCCUCGGAGUGAUCUUCACGACGAACGUGUUCCUCCCUCUCCUCGCCAAAGGGGACCUCAAGAAGGUCCUUACCCUCAGCUCGGGCCUGGGAGAUCCCGUGUUCAGUCUCAACACCGAGUUUGACUGGUGUGUCGCGUACUCGGUCGCUAAAUGCGCGCUGGAGAUGGUCAAUGUGAAGUAUGCUGCGAAGUACAAGAAAGAGGGAUGGACAUUUCUUGCCAUCUCCCCAGGUGUGGUCAACACCCAACUAGAACCCCGUGCGUGCUUCCCUUUUGGUGUAUUUCUCUUCCAUCUAACCGUAUCCUAG